AUGGGGGACAAAGAUGAGAAAUUGAAGCUAAAGAUUUUCUACUGUCUCAUUGGUGGACAACAGAAGAGAAGCUGUCUAAUUCUCCAAAUUGAAGAGAUAUCAUCAAUGGAGGAAGGAGAGGAGCUGUCUAUCCUAUAUUUACAGGACCCAGUGGAAAGGCAAUUUCUGAGGGGUGACCACACAACUGGUGAUAGGAUCCCGAGAGAAAGAAAGGAGAAGGAUCCUCAUCAGGAGUAUCCUGAGGAACUGAAACCACAUGGAAAGUUACCAGAGAUUGCCAAAGGCAAUAUUUUCCAUUAUUCUGAUCAAGGGAAAGUCUGUGAGAGUCAGCAUAGACCAGAGAGCAAGCAGGAAGGAUUUCUAGCAAAGAAGUGGUAUAAAUCAACUCAAUCUGAAAGAGAUUUCAGCAAAUCCCAAAAUGUUAUCAUCCACCACAAAAUCAACACAGGAGGGAAACCAAACAUAUGUGCUGAAUGUGGCAAAAGUUUCAGUCGGAGCUCUACACUCUUCCAGCAUCAGAGAAUUCACACGGGUGAAAAACCCUAUAAGUGUCAGGACUGUGCAAAAAGCUUCUGUCAGAGCUCAACGCUCAUUCAGCACCAGAGAAUGCACAGAGGAGAGAAACUUUAUCAGUGUCCUGACUGUGGCAAAGAUUUCCUUUGUAAAUCAGGACUUACAAUACAUGAGAGGAUCCACACAGGCGAGAAGCCUUACGGAUGCAGUGACUGUGGCAAAAGCUUCAGGACGAAGUCCCAACUAGUGUCACAUCAAAGAGUCCACACCAAAUAG